GCUGACGCCAACCAGCAUAGGGCCUCGCCAGAUCCGCCGCCCGCCGAAGGCCCGAAGCGCAAACCAACCGCGCGAGCAGCACGCUCGCCGUGGCCCGCAUUCCCUUGGGACUCGGCGCGCCCGUCUAACCGCGAACCAACCGCGACCUAUUUCUUCACCCCUCCCGGCCUCUCCUCCCGCAGCCCCCGCGACCUAUUUCUUCACCCCUAGGCCCCCACCUCGCCGGCGCAGCCGCCCCAUCCAUCCGUCGUCCACCCGCCAUCGCCGCCCUUGGCACGUGCAGUGCAGUGCGGAUGUGCUGGUUGAUGAAUGCCGUGUGCCAUCACUCUGCGCACGCCAUCAUAAUGGCGGACCACCACCAGCUGCCCCCGCCGUUCGCGUGCAGCAACUGCGUCACCGAGCGCGCCAUCGUCUUCUGCUUCGCCGACGGCGCCAGGCUCUGCCUCCACUGCGACGGCGCCCUGCACGGCGCCAGCGCGCUCGCGAGCCUCCACCGGCGCGCCCCGCUCUGCGACGCCUGCCACGCCGCGCCCGCCGCGCUCCGCUGCCAAAUCGGCGCCCAGCGGGCCACGCUCUGCGCCGACUGCGCCGACCGCGUCGCCCUGCCGGACGGCGGCGCCUCCCUCGUGCAAGAGUACACCGGCUGCCCCACGCCCGCCGAGAUCCUCCGCGUCCUCUCCGUCGAAGCGCCGUCGUCGCAGGAUGACUUCGACGCCUGGCUCGCCGACGUCCUCCCACAAUACCUAGAGGAGAUUCAGUGGGUAGUGCUGCUCCGGCUAUGUAUCGAUCAAGGGAAUGAUAUAGAGAAGAGAGAAUGAUGACAAUAAAGUGAGUGAGAGAGAGUGUGAUUAAUGAAGGGAUAUGAGGAGUACAUUGUGACAAACAAGGAAGUGGGGAGUGUGCUAUCUUUGGUGUAAAAAAGGAAGAUUUCUUUCCUGAUACAUGUAAUGGUGGAUCGAUGAUCUAAGGAUCAUAUGAAUGAUUAAUGAAGGAUAGCAUGUAUAUUCA